AUGAUACAGGAUUCCUACCCCUCAUCGCCUCCAGUCUGGUUCUCAGAGGUGGAUGAUGCCGUUAUCUCAACAGUGAUAGAACAAUUAGGUGAUGUAACAGGUUCAGACUGCUUGCUGUUACGGCACGUGAAACAUUUAGUGUGUGAACUGUGUAAGCUACAUGAUGUAAAUCUGCCACUCAGCCUGCCUCAUCUGGAACGACAUUUACCACCAGAGAGAAAUGAUGAGGAAAUGGUCAGUGCAGACGAAGAGGAAAUGCCAGAUGAUGAUGAAGAAGAGGAAGAGGUUCAUGAGGUCGAUGAUUGCUUAGAUCAUUAUGAAAUGGAAGAUGAACCGAGCAAAGUGGAGAAGGAAAAAGAAGACAAGGAAAUAGAUGAAGAAAACUUUGCAGUGUUAGCGAGACUGAAAUCAAAUCAAAGGAAAGACUACUUAAAGGGUUCUGUAUCAGGAUCCGUUGGAGCUACAGAUAGGCUGAUGAAGGAACUGAAAGACAUCUACAGAUCAGACAGUUACAGAAAGAAAAAGAUGUACUCGGUGGAUCUGGUCAAUGAUAGCUUAUAUGACUGGAUGGUCAAGAUAUACACAGUUGAUUCUGAUAGUCUCCUCCAUGCAGACCUAUGUAAACUCAAAGAGAAAGAAGGCAAGGAUCAUAUACUCCUCAAUAUGACCUUCCAUGAGCACUUCCCCUACAAUCCUCCAUUUGUUCGGGUGGUUUGGCCCAUCUUAAUGGGUGGAUACGUUCUAGGGGGUGGUGCAAUAUGUAUGGAACUGCUGACAAAGCAGGGGUGGAGCAGCGCCUAUACCAUCGAGGCUGUCAUCCUCCAGAUUGCUGCUACGCUAGUCAAGGGAAAGGCCAGGAUACACUUUGAUGCUGGCAAGAGCCAAUAUAGUCUCGCAAGGGCGCAGCAGUCUUUCAGGUCACUAGUCCAAAUUCAUGAAAAGAAUGGAUGGUUUACACCGCCUAAGGAGGAUGGUUAGGAUGUUGUUUAAUGCAAAAAAACAGUUUAUCUACAAAGAAUAACAAACUUCUUGGACUGUGUACUGCCUUCCUUGUGGCAGACUGUGACUUUGAUUGAUAAACUAUGAACAUGGAUAUUACAUUACUAGUGAAAUAAUACAGCAUUUUGUAAACUCAUCAUCAUCAUCAUCGUUAUCAUCUCGUGGAAACAAUUUGCGUGGAGCACUUUCAGUGAUAACAUUUGCCAUUCCUGGAAGCAAGAUAGAAAGCAGUCUGACCCCGCGUAUGUGGCAUUUAUUUAUCAAGCAGAGCUUGAGACCGAGAAAGGAGUGAUUAUUAUAGUGCCAACUGAGCUUGGAGGAGAUUUUUACAUUGUGACCAUACACAAGGAUUCGUAAGCUAUUAGUUUUAUAAUGUGUUAGUACGUGUAAGUUCAUCAGCUGGUAUUUGAGACUUGUAUCAAGCCAAACUUGGAUGUGCAUCAUUCAUGCUUGUUGAUUUAUACUUUGAACAUGUAAACGCUACACGGAGUCACAACCAACUGAAUCAUCCUGUGGAUUUCUAUUCCUGUUAUUUGUACAAUGAUUGCGUUCGUGUUUGGGAGAUUAUCAUGCAUUGUUUGUCGUCCAACUUCAUAGAGUUCCUUUUUCAAUCAUGAUUCUACGAUGUGAUUCUUACCUGGACGCAUCGUGGUCUAGUGGUUUGGACUUUUGCUGCCCAAACAGGGUCAUGGGUUCAAAUCCCAACCAUGGUGUUCAUUUCCUUGAGCAAGAAAUUCUUCUGCAUUAUACUGCACUCGACCCGGGUGAAGUGACUGGGUACCCUUCAAGAUUAAUUCCUUGGAUUUAUGAUAAUCGUGCGCCUCUGAAUAUAUUGUUUCUUGCUGGACAACGCUAAAUAAAUGCCUAUUAUCAUCAUUAUUAUAUGGAUAGAAUUUUUUUUUUUUUUAGUUUCUCAUGUAAAUCAUCCUUUUAUAGAUCCACUGAUAUGUAGACUAGCUUUUGCUGUACACAAGAAAUAUUUUAUUGAUAAUCAAGAGUAUUUCUCCAUUCCUCUCUCACACAAGAUGGAUAGUGUGUGAAUCCUUCAUCUAGGCCCUUCUUAAAACUGCUCUCAAUUCCUUUUAGAGGAUGUUCUGUUGCUAAUUGUUGAGGAGUUUGUGCAUUUGUACAUUUUAAAUAUUAGAAAGGAGGGCAAAAGGAAUAUACAAAUGCCACAUUCAUGUUCCUACCACUCAGUAAUUUCGAAAAGCAAAUUUGAAGGUGAUUACCUAUAUCUACAUGUAUGUCUCUUUGUUUUUAAGGCAGGCGUCAAGAGACACGUUUUAUACUUGUUGCUACAUAUAUUAAUCUUUAACAAUGAGUAAACAUACAUGUACCAGGUUAAUUCUCAAGCACUUAUCAGGCUCACUUUUUUAACUUCCUUGAUCAUCAUGUUCAUAUUGUGAUCUUGGUUUAAGAAAGCGGAAAGUCCAGGUACCCCUGUUUCACAAAAAACUUUCCAUUAUGUUGACUAAAAAGAAACCUUGAUUUCAUUGGCUGCUGAGCAAUGUUACCAUGGUAAUACUGUAAUGAUAAAAUUACAGCUUCUACUAAGUUCUUGAUGAAACGGCCAUUUCUGUUUUUGCACAGCUACUCAACUAUUAAACUGAAAGUAAAGACAGCACUUUCCUGGUGUCUAAAGUUCUGAAAUGAAAAUUACUUGCAGUUGCAGAGUUCCUUGAGAGAAAUCAUUGAACUAAUUCAUCAGCUAAAAAUCAACUCCCAUAUUUAGUAGAACUGAAGUUAAGAAAUCAGAUCACUGUAAUUGAGGGGUGGGGGUAAGCUAGUCAAUUAUCUGAUCGCUAAUUAGCCUGUAAUUAUUGAGAUAAACAGGCCCCCUUUCACACGGGUGCUGCAUAACUCCAUACACUCAGCUAGGGGGCAUUUCUCAGAGCAUCUAUUUUAAUCUGUGAUUUUUCAUUGACAAAUAUUCUAAGCCAAACAGAUGACAUUGAUUCGGUGGAAACCAUUGACAGAUCAGUUCAUGAAGCAUCUCCCUUUUCCAGCUAGCUGCUCACUGACAUUCCCACCCUCUUCUCGAUGCUUAUCAAGUCCAUGAAAGCAUUUCAUGAACUACAUGUAUAUUAUAAAUGUUACAAGCUACUGAAGAUCCUUGCAUCUUAUUGGCUGGCAGCAUGACAGCAAGUCAAGAAAAAGUUGGUGUCAGACACGUCUGCUUGAAUAUUUUGGAGACUUUCUCGUGCUUCUUCCUUCUUGUAAAAUGGUGCAUGGUGAGCUAAGUACAUGUAUGUAACUGUCUUUAAAGAAAAAUACAAUACUUGGUAAUUAUAAUCCCCAUCUCACUGCAAGCAAAGUUCAUAGGUCUUUGAAAUAAUAAUAAUAAUAGCAAAUUUUUAUAAAGCGCUUUUCCCAGAAUGGCCCAAAGCGCGUUACAGCAUAUUAUUACCCCGGUCAUUGGAUUCAUUUCAAUCAAGCACAAAAAGUGCACAAUUUCCAAAAUCCUAAUGCAAAUUUGUUUUCACACCCCACAGAAUUGUUCUUGAAAUCUUGCUGAUAUUCCAUUCGCUUACUAUUGGUGUACAGUGAUACUUGGGUUGUGGUCUGCAUACACUAUAUUUUAUUUAUAUUCAGUGUUCAGGUAGGAGAAUAAAAAAAAAAGACAGCAUCCCCCCCCCCAAAAAAAAAGGACCAGGGGCCCAUUGCAUAAAACUGUUGCCAUAAAAAAAACGCUGGCAAACAAAAUUAUGCCAUUGAAAAUAACACAUUUAAAAACUCUGGCAAAAAAUUUGCCAGAGUUUUUUAUGGCAAAAGUUUUAUGCAACAGGCCCCAGAAAUGAAAUAAAGCAACAACAGCUGACAUCAAAAUUUAAAUAACAACAAAAUGAACAAUGAAUAUCUAGUGCCACUCUAGUGCUAGUGAAUACAGGAUGAUUACCAUUAAAAUCUGUAAGGGAAUGCAUGAAACUUUACCUUUGAUUAUGAAAUACUGCCCUCUAUGGCAUACUAAUGCACAGCAUAUCAUCCUUCCAAACAUUCUCUCCUGUCCUAUUCCGACAAUUGUGUGUGAUGUCUCAUUCAAAACCCUCAUAUUUCUUCAUGCAUGGGUGUCAAUAGAUGUUCAUGGUUGGGGGAAUGACUGACACAAAAUAUUGUUCGCUGUAAGGGAUUUUUUUUUCUUAGUUUAGGGUGGGUUAGUGUUAUGAUGAAUCCAUAAUUUUUAGAGGGCUAGACAUGGCUUAACCCUAUCCAGCCCGGGGGGGGGGGGGGUAAAAACAGCCCCAUCUCAACAUUUUCAUGAUAGAACUGUAACACAAAGAGAUCUCGCCUCUACGUUUCACGACUUUUUUGUUACCAGUCUUGCGUGACUUUCAAGACUGAAUCGCGACGUUGGGGUACGUUGUGUGCAUGUCAGACCCAAAUUGCUCCUAAAUGUGAUUUCAUGUACAAAUCCUAUGCAAAUACUGUUUGUAGCCAAAAUUCAUAUAUUAUGUAUCAUUUUUAUUUCUACUGGUUAAAAAGCAAUAGAUUAUUCUAUGACUGAUAGUGUUGCCGAUGAUUUCCAUUGAAAAAACAAAGAAAUACAUGAGAAAUAUAAAAAACAAAUACAUAAGAAAAAAAUUUCAUAUCGCCAUUAAUCACCAACAUACAAAAUCUAGCAGCAUUGGGGCUAUAUUAAAAGAUUUACAGGCAAUUAUGCUUUAAUGCAUUAGUUAGCAUAAUUGAUUAAAUUGAAAAAAUAAUUGAAAAAUUGAAAUAUGUUGGUACAGUUGACUUUUGUGGAGAUUACUUCAUGGGCAAUCACGCGAUCAAUGGCCGAGAUCUAAGGGACCCCCCCCCUCCCACCGGGCUAUAUACAUGUACUUGUAGGAUUCAGGGCAAAUUUAUGAAAAGCUGCGAGCAAGCAAAAAGUUUGACCUUGUUAAUACAAAAAUCUAAUUUCAUGAUAGAUUUUGAUUCACCCCUUUUCUUUUCAUUUUCUUUCUCUUCUUGGUUGGCAUACUUGGCCCAACCCCCACAUCUGUAUGCCAGUGGGGGAGAGGGGGGCAGUCCUUAAUACUUAAGUUUUAAGUAUCAUGCAAGGAAAGAUCAAUAAUCUGAGCACGAAUCAUGAGCUGAAACUUUUGAAAAGUUCACCUGAAAAUGAGCAUUUUGAGGACUCUUGUUAAUUCAUAUGGUUGUUUGUCCUUUUAUACACCCUUUUACAUUUCAAUUCUAAUUUCGUUUGGACAAUCUCCACUUCGUUUGCAUCAUAAACCUGGACAAAGAAUGCUAAAAUUGACGUGACAUUCAAAAGGGUGGUAACAGGGUACACCCCAUGUGCUUGGCUGCGGGGAGGGGUGAUGUCAUGUUGAGGAAAAAUAUCAUAAUUAAACAAUAGCAAUAUUCUAUUUCACCCUAGAUUUUUUCUUUCUCUACCCAUCUGUUGCUAACAGUUUUUUUUAAUGAAUAGUUUCAUUCAAUACCAAUGAAAAAUAAGAAAAUUCAGAGGAAAAAAAUGAUGGUCAUCAUUUGUACAGUAAAUGCUACCAUCAUGAUAACUAACGAUCAUCUUGUACUCCUUCCUUGUCUUUGUGAUCACACUUUUCAUAUGAUUCAUCAAAAAUGUUAUGAUGUGUUUGACUGUGUGGAGGAUGGUUACACAGGCCAUCCCCCCACCUAAAAUAUUGGGGGGAUAUAUCCCCCCCCAUCUCCCCCCUAUGAUCGACAACCAUGCAUGCAGGUACCAGUAUUGUUCCAUGUGCAAGUACAACCGUUAGAAUGGGACAAUUACAAGUAACGUUGUUAAUGCCAAUGUGUUUGUAUUGAAUGUUUCACGGCGCAAGAGUUCAUUCCUUCCCACUAUUAUUUGAUGUUCUCACAAAUUUGGGGUGCAUCAAAAGAUCAUUUCUUGGCUUUUGUCUGGGGGCAAGUAGCGUACAACGUUAGGAAAUAUUCACAUCAAAUAUUGCAUUGUGACCCAUUCUCAUAUAUAGGUGAAGGGUAAGAGGUUGCCUACAUGUGAUAGAAUGUGUGAUGAAAUAAGACUGGUGUGCUGAUGUCAGGGCAAGGUCGACUAGCGUUUGUUUACUGUAAGUUGGAUACAGUUUUAUAUAAAUAUAAUUGGCAUGUUUAUUAGCUUAAAAUCAAAACCUUAGCUAGAGUUAUAUGGUACUCAAAUGCACACAGAUGAAUUAUAAAUUACAUGUACAUGUGAGAAGACUAUAUAUUACAUUGAUCAUCACAUACAACUUGUAGAUGCAUUAAUUUACAUUAAGUUAAAAUGAAUUACAUCAUUACAUUCACACGUGAUGAAAUCAGUUAUCAUACAACCAAUUAAAAAUACAUGUAUGUUACAAGUACAUUUAAUACCUUAUAAGUCCCAAAGUACUUGUGUUUUACUCUAUCACUCAUACUUUUGACUCCUUUGCUUAUUACUCCUGUUGAUAAUUUUAUUAUAUCAACUGGAAGCAAAUACAGGUGUAUAAUUCUGUGUAUCUCCUGCGAUAGCUUUAUAUUGCAAUUAUUUGUUCAUACCUCCUAAAAUUGCCUGUCACCAUAUGUAAGAGUUGAAUAGACACACAAUAGUAGCAAUAUUCAUAAGGUCAGUAUUUAUAUAGAAUAAUUUUCAUUAGAUUACUAGUGAAUAGAAUGUUAUUACACCAAGCAUAAGAACAUUGACCCCAAGUCAUUUAUUCAGGAAAAAAAAAAUAUUUCUUUAUCUCCAAUAAUCAUUUUCUCCUUGUGAAAAUCUGAAAAAGUUGUAUGAAAGUCAAAAGUUUUUGUAAACUUUCUAAAGCUGAUAAUUGUUUUGUUGAAAUAUAUGUUCUUCUCUAAGCAACAGACUUUGUUACAAGAGAUCUCCCAUGUAAUAUUUAUGACUAAUCUUUCCUUGUAUAAAGCAUAAUGAUAAUUGUCUUCUUAAUGUUUUCCCCCCUCUUCCUCUCUCAGUAAGGUUUUGUGCAAUAUGGAGGUUGAGUAAAAACAAAUGUUUGGGAAGAAACUGUUCAUUUGCAAAGAAAAUCCACUCUCUUAAAUACCUUCUGCCCGCAUAUGAUCAUAUAAAUAAGAUUUAAUAUGAAUUGAACAUAGGUAAGUUUUGGUAAAGUAUCAUCAUCAUGUUUCUGUCUGUAAGUUCUAGAGAAAUACAUGUAUAACCUUUGUCCUUCAAUAUUUCCAAUUUUUUUGUAUUGUGCAUAUUUUAUGGACCAGGAAAAUGUUUCGUUGCUUUUUCUAGAGCAUAGCAAAAUUCAUGAUGUCGACAAAGAUAAAGUCGUGCAUUUGAAAUAUUUUUUGUUUGACUUUCUUAUGUAUAUCCAUUCCCCACAAUUUUUUUUGAGCUCUACACUUGGGCAAGUAUUUUUACAGGAUCUAUUUUCGAAAUAGAUUUACCAUAUUUAUAGACAGUUCAUUUUUCAUGGGAUAUUUUCUCCACAAAAUUGACGUAUUCCGUUCUGAUAUGGUUCAAACCUCCUAAGCCAGAAUGACUGUAUAUGGAACAAAUCUGUUUUCCUUGGACCCUAGGAAUCUCCAAAUAGUGGAGGGAUCAGCUAAGGGAGAGAGUCUAUCAGUAUUGAUAUUGCUAGUUUUGUUAAGCUCUGGUUAAGGAGGAAUCAAGGCAUCGUAACACAAAGCAUUGAACCAUUGUCUGGCUGAUUUUUUACCUGAUUACUUUUAUCCUUAUGGGUAAUCAAGCAUCCAAAUCAAGUGCAGAUCGCUUGCCUAGAUUUGUGUAUUAAGGGCUUCAGGUGUUUUAUUUGAUGAGUAUUUAUAGUGAAAUAUUAUAUAGUAUUUAAUGGGGAAAGCCAUGUUUUGCUUUGAUAUACUGGAAAGGGAAUACAAAGUAACAUUAUUUUAACUGUCAUUGUGCUACCUGUAAACAAGAGUACCCAGGUAUUGAUUUACUAGUACUUUUUGUGCAAAAACAUGAGAUGGUACUGCACUUUAAAAACGGUGUUAAAAACGACUAGUCAGUGUCAGUAAUAUUUGAACACAACACUGAAUAGUGCUGAAAUAAAAAAAAGAAUGUGCUAUUUUGAUUACCAAUGACACCAUGAAUUUUACACUGGAAUGGCAUUUGGUGCUCAGAACAUUGACUGGUGUGAUGAUAACACCACUGUUGAGCAGCUUUCGUGAUGAUGUACAUGUACAUGUAACCGGUACACUUUUAUUUUUCCUGCAGAAUGAAAUUAGGAUAAAUGAUGAUCAACAUUCUAAAUCGGGUAAAUUAAUCUUGUACCCAGUAGCAUGAAGAGAUCCAAUCGAUUGUAACUGUAAGUCAUCAAUUGUAACUCUAAGUAAUCAGUUGUAACUUUUAGUUCAUGGUUUGCUAUAGACUAGGUCAAUAAUCUGUAGGAGAGUUACACAUAUUUUUUAAUUAUUUAUUAAGCAAAUGAAGCUGCUGGAAUUCUCUGUGUACACGUUUUAUACCACUUUGUUACCCUUCUUCCACCUGUAAGAUGCUUUGAUACUGAUCAUUUCAAUUUUUUUUCUUUCGUUGUUGAUCAUGGAUGCAAUUUGUGCAGCAGGUCUGGUUUCAUAUUAUGGUUUGUGUAGUCUUGUCAUCGAUGAAAUAGUAGUAUGUGAACAUACUUUUAAGAGUACAUUGGCCCCUCAUCAUGGCCUAGAUACUGAAAAUUAAAGUGACAUUAAUGCUAUCAUUGAAAUGCUAUUUACUUAUUCUAUCCAUGAACCAAUCUCCAAACUGUGGCAUGUCCCAAAAUAUUUCUCAUGUCUCUCAACUAUAUUUUACAAAUCAUUUUCUUUUUCUUCUCUUUUUUCCGGAGGAUUGUGUUUUCAAAAGUGUCUUUUUGAUGCAUUAUUAUGAUAAAGAUAACAAUGUAAUGAUUUGAAUGGGGUAUGAUGAAAUGAAGUGAUUAAAGUCCACAUGGCGCGUCAAUGUUGUCAUGUGUAUUUAUGAAAUUA